CAAUAAUCAGCAAGUGAUUCAUCCUUUUUUUUGCUUGUUGUAAAAUCUAUUCUGUCAUUUAAAUUCAUAGAAAAUGUUCAACUUGUUUGGCAAAAAACCGACUGUGAAGGAACAGCAACGCGAAAAUGAUCGAAGUCUUCGCAAGGCGACUCGCGACAUUGAAAGAGAGCGUCGGAAAAUGGAGGAAGAGGAGAAGAAACUGGAAGCUGAGAUCAGGCGUAACGCAGCCGCUGGAAACAACGAUGCAUGUCGCAUUUUAGCCAAGCAACUGGUAGAAAUUCGCAAGCAAAAAUCACGCAGUUAUGCAGCGGCGGGAAAAAUACAAUCCAUCGGCUAUCAGAAUAAGAACAUGGGCGCAAACAUUGCACUAGGCGAGGCGAUGGGAACGACGGCCAAGACCAUGGCUGGAAUGAAUAAGCUGAUGCGACCGGAGGCAAUCGCUGGAACGGUGCGUGACUUUCAACAGGCGAAUAUGCGCAUGGAAAUGACAGACGAAAUGAUAAACGAUACGCUGGACGACAUGCUGAACGAAUCAGGGGAUGAGGAGGAGUCCAACGAUGUGGUGAACAAGGUGCUUGAUGAAAUCGGCAUUGAAAUCUCAGGAAAGAUGGCCAGCAUUCCAGCGGCGGGCUCUGGCGAAUUCGAAACGAGCGGCAAACGCACCGAAAAAGACAUUGCGGAUCAGCUGGCUAAACUGCGAUCUACAUAGUUACAUAUUAUUAUUUAUAUAUAUAUAUAUAUUAUACACUCUCAAUCACAUUCUUAAUUUGCUUAAUCCUUAACCAAACUGUAAGAUAAAUUUUUUUUAUAAACAAUUGUUAUUCAUAGGCAUGGUGUAUUUAUUAACAAGGUGGUCUUAUAUUAUUACGUAUGGCAACCGAUUUCUAUGUUAAAUGUUUCAAAGCGAAUGCACCACCUUGUGAUAGUUUUUUCACCAUGACUUUGAUUUGCAUAAACAAAUAUCUAAAAAACAUUUGUUAUUAUAUGCAUGGUGUAAUUAGUAACAAGUAUGUCAACAAACUUCUAUGGUGAAGUGUACUUCGUGUGGUGAGAAAAGAGCAAGUACACCACCUUCUGAUAGUUACAACACAUUUAUAAUUCAUAGGCAAUAAGACAUAAUAAAUAAGUGUGCA